AGAGAGAGAGUUCCUUCUGUCCCACUCUUUCUCUUUUGUAGAUUGGCUUUCACAGGCCAUCAACACAUGUUCCCCUUGCCCCUCUCUUUGAACAUACAAAAGUUAAAGCCUCCCCCCUUCUCUGCUCCCCAUACCAUCACACCAAGCUCUUCUUUUUGCUUCCUCUCUGGCUCUGUUCUGCCGCAAUUGCCCCUGAUCUCUGUUUGAUUUCGCCCGGUCUCCAUAAAGGGUGAUACAGAUACACACACAAGAGAGCAGUGCGGUUGGGACUGGUGGUUGGAAGAGGCUGCGGGGCGGUGGCGGCGGGCGAUCGAUGUGGGCUUGGAGCUGGGUGGAGCGUGGGAUCGGGAACUUGGUUGGGAGUGCGGCGGGUGACGGCGGGGCGUGGAUCUGGGGCGGCCCCGGUGGAGGCGAGCGGUGGCAUGAGGGAGUAGUGGUCGUCGGCGUGACGGCCAUGGCCGGACUCGCCCUGGCCGCUACCCUUGUCAUAUCCUCUCGUAGAGGAAGCCUUAGGUCACCAUGGUCUCGAAGGAAAAGGAAACAUGCACUUACAAAGCAGCAGUGGAACAAUUUUUUCACAUCGGAUGGAAAGCUCCGUGAUGGAGGGGUGAAAUUUCUAAAGAAAGUUCGCAGUGGAGGAAUUGAUCCUAGCAUCAGGGCUGAAGUCUGGCCAUUCCUUCUUGGAGUAUAUGACCUAAAGAGCUCAAAGGUUGAUAGAAAGGCCAUUCAAGCACAAAAGAGGAAAGAAUACGAGAAACUAAGAAGAAGAUGUCGGCAAAUGGUAAAUCGCAGCAAUGAUGGUGACGAGUUAAAUGAAAUAAUCAAAACAAGUUAUGCUGACAGUCCCAGCUUUAUACAGGGACGUGAUUCUGUUUGCUCCGAAGAGGUUUUUAGUGCCAGAGAAUCCCUUUCCACUGAACGAGGUAGCCCGCGUAAUGACACUUUGGAGCAGAGAGUGAGCGAGGAAACACCUGCCUCCGGGUUAGUUAUACCGGAUGAAGAUGACAAAAGUGGAAUAACCCAUGCUGAUGCAUCUGCUGAGGAUACAGAAUCUUCUGAGAGCGAGUACUCCACUGAUGAAGAACCUGGAAGCAUUCUGAUGUCCUCCAGGGCAGAAGGAUGCAUUGGAACUUAUCCUAAGCAUACCAAGAUUGAUUCAGUCAUGGGCGAAGACAUUAAAUCUGAUCGAAAAGCUGAGGAUUUUGCAACAUGGCAGCGUAUCAUGCGAUUAGAUGCCAUCCGAGCUAAUGCUGACUGGAUAACGUAUUCUCCAGCUCAAGCUGCAGUCUCCAAAGACAAGGCUUUCAAGUCUGCUAUUGCUGUUGGUCUGAAAGACUAUGACCACUUGGAGCCAUGCCGAGUGUACCAUGCGGCACGACUGGUUGCUGUACUAGAGGCAUAUGCACUCUACGAUCCUGAAAUAGGCUACUGCCAAGGAAUGAGCGACCUUCUAUCUCCCAUACUUGCCAUCGUGGAGGAGGAUCAUAUGGCGUUUUGGUGCUUUGUAGGGUUUAUGAGGAAAGCUAGACAUAAUUUCAGGCUUGAUGAGGUGGGCAUCAAGAGACAACUGAACAUCGUCUCCAAGAUCAUCAAAUCCAAGGAUUCUCAUCUCUAUAGGCAUCUGGAGAAGCUUCAAGCCGAGGACUGCUUCUUUGUGUACAGAAUGGUUGUGGUUAUGUUCCGAAGAGAGCUAACCUUUGAGCAGACUCUGUGCUUAUGGGAGGUGAUGUGGGCAGACCAGGCAGCAAUUCGAGCAGGGAUCGGGAAAUCAGUAUGGGGGAGGAUAAGGCUACGUGUGCCUCCCACCGAUGAUCUGUUGCUCUACGCCAUCGCAGCGUCGGUGCUGCAGAAGAGGAAGUUGAUCAUUGAGAGGUAUAGCAGCAUGGAUGAAAUCAUAAGAGAGUGCAACAGCAUGACAGGGCAACUGGAUAUCUGGAAGCUUUUGGAUGAUGCCCAUGACUUGGUGGUGACCCUGCAUGACAAAAUUGAAUGACCUCUGUUUCUCCAUUUCUUCUCUGGUACCAUUUGUACCCAUCAGUCAUAGUCUUUAGUUAUUUGCAGUUUCUAAUUGAAUUAAUUCCUCCACAAUGUCUUCUUCUGAGAGACAUGAAUAGUUGCUUCAGCCAGGCAUAUACUGAUAGCCAUGAUUAGCAAAAACUGCUCAAUUGCAACAUUGGACUCACUCAAGUGGAUUUACAUAUUGUACCAAUGAUUCAAAGAAACAUUUCCCAUUUUAUAA